GUAAAUCUUUCAUCUGUUUUUUUUUUUUUUUUUUCCUCAAAAGAAUAAUUAAAUGAAAAUGAAUAGACCUGUUCAGUGAGUGCUAUCUAUAAAUAGCGUGCUUUCAUGCCACGUCUCUCACUCCUCACCAAGCAACAAAACUUAGAACAAUUUAAUCAAGAAAGCUACCGUACAACAAUGAACGGUGUUCAUUUCCUUGUAGCAUUUGUCCUGUUCGCUCUGGCUUUCACAUUUGCCUCUGCCUCUGAUCCCAGCCCUCUUCAGGACUUCUGUGUAGCAAUUAAUAAUACCAACAAUGGUGCAGUUUUUGUUAAUGGCAAGUUUUGCAAGGACCCAAAGCUCGCCACCGCAAAUGACUUCUUUUUUCCGGGGCUCAACAUUCCAGGAAAUACAGCAAAUCAACUAGGAUCAAAAGUCACUCCAGUCACUGUUGAACAAAUACUAGGACUUAACACUCUUGGCAUAUCUCUCGCUCGACUUGACUUUGCACCCUAUGGUGGCCUAAAUCCCCCUCACACUCAUCCUAGAGCCACGGAAAUCCUAGUCGUUUUGGAGGGCACGCUCUACGUUGGCUUUGUUACAUCCAACCCGGAUAAUCGUCUCAUCACCAAAGUCCUAUACCCUGGAGAUGUUUUCGUUUUCCCAAUCGGCCUCAUUCACUUCCAGUUUAACAUAGGGAACACCAAUGCUGUUGCCUUUUCUGGUCUUAGCAGCCAAAACCCAGGGCUUAUCCCCAUUGCAAACGCAGUCUUUGGCUCAAACCCUCCCAUCAAUCCUGAUGUUCUUGCCAAGGCCUUCCAGUUGGACAAAACUGUGGUUACCUAUCUUCAGUCCCGAUUCUAGUGAGAUAACAACUAGAGGAAAAUUUAUACACCCAUGAAAUUUAUGUAACAGCUUGUUCGGAAUAAUGUUUGACUUAUUUGUCUCAUUGAAUUUAGUAUAAUUCUUGUGUUGGAAUAUAUAAAAUAAAGAGGUUGCUUAUGUUCUUUGGGUUAUGCAAACCUCUCUGUAUUUUAUUUUGAUCAUAUAUUUUGGAGUAGUGCAAUUUGUUUUUAGUUUGAAUCCACCCUUUCUUCA